AUGGUGAAGGAGAGAGUGCAGCAAAAACCAGAAUGGAUUGAGGGAUUCUUAAGAGCAAAAUUCUCUGUUGCCUGUGCAACCCAUCCUUAUAUCGCGAACCCCUUAAAUAGGUACUGCAUAACCUGUAGAAUCCCAGGAUGCCAGUUCUGUAUCAGUCCUGGCAAUCGGCAUAGCGACCACGAAACGUUCCAAGUCUACAGGCAUUCCAACCGUGAUGCAGUUUUACUCAACGAAAUGCAAAAACACUUCGACUGUAGUGGUAUUCUUCCCUACAAGCGUGACCGAUCGCUGGUCAUAGCACUGAAGCCUCUCCCGCAUUUAGGUGGAUUAAGCAAGUUUAUGUGCAAGACUUGUGGGAGACGAAUAAGUUACCCGUACUCAUACUGCUGCCUCUAUUGCAAGGUGGAAGUAAUGGCGAGCAGAGUCUCAUCAUCAGCUCCUCCACUUCUUGGCGACCAGAAUAGUCCCAACAAUAGGGAAAACAAGAAGAGGGUUGCCGAACCGGACAGCUCACUUAACAGAAGAAAGGGAAAAGCUUUCCGAGCUCCAUUUUUCUGA